AUGGACUCCAGCGUACCGACUAUUAUAAUGAACCCCAACAUUAGCAAUGACACCAGCACACCGACUAUUAUAAUGGACUCCAGCAGUAGCAAAGACACCAGCCCAUCGCCUAUAAUAAUGAACUCCAACAUUAGCAAUAACAUCGACCCAUUGACUAUUAUAAUGGACUCCAGCAGUAGCAAUGGCACCAGCGCACCGACUAUUAUAAUGGACUCCAGCAGUAGCAAAGACACCAGCCCAUCGCUUAUAAUAAUGAACUCCAACAUUAGCAAUAACAUCGACCCAUUGACUAUUAUAAUGGACUCCAGCAGUAGCAAUGGCACCAGCGCACCGACUAUUAUAAUGGACUCCAGCAGUAGCAAGGACACCAGCCCAUCGCCUAUUAUAAUGGACUCCAGCGUACCGACUAUUAUAAUUAACUCCAGAAAUACCAAUGACACCAGCCCAUCGCCUAUUAUAAUGGACUCCAGCUGUAGCAAUGACACCAACGCACCGACUAUUAUAAUGGACUACAGCAGUAGUAAAGACACCAGCCCAUCGGCUAUUGUAAUGGACUCCAGCAGUAGCAAUGACACCAACGCACCGACUAUUAUAAUGGACUCCAGCAGUAGCAAGGACACCAGCCCAUCGCCUAUUAUAAUGGACUCCAGCGUACCGACUAUUAUAAUGGACUCCAGCAGUAGCAAAGACACCAGCCCAUCGCCUAUAAUAAUGAACUCCAACAUUAGCAAUAACAUCGACCCAUUGACUAUUAUAAUGGACUCCAGCAGUAGCAAUGGCACCAGCGCACCGACUAUUAUAAUGGACUCCAGCAGUAGCAAGGACACCAGCCCAUCGCCUAUUAUAAUGGACUCCAGCGUACCGACUAUUAUAAUUAACUCCAGAAAUACCAAUGACACCAGCCCAUCGCCUAUUAUAAUGGACUCCAGCUGUAGCAAUGACACCAACGCACCGACUAUUAUAAUGGACUACAGCAGUAGUAAAGACACCAGCCCAUCGGCUAUUGUAAUGGACUCCAGCAGUAGCAAUGACACCAACGCACCGACUAUUAUAAUGGACUCCAGCAGUAGCAAGGACACCAGCCCAUCGCCUAUUAUAAUGGACUCCAGCGUACCGACUAUUAUAAUGGACUCCAGCAGUAGCAAAGACACCAGCCCAUCGCCUAUAAUAAUGAACUCCAACAUUAGCAAUAACAUCCACCCAUUGACUAUUAUAAUGGACUCCAGCAGUAGCAAUGACACCAGCACACCGACUAUUAUAAUGGACUCCAGCAGUAGUAAAGACGCCAGUCCAUUGCCUAUUGUAAUAGACUCCAGCGUACCGAUUUUUAUAAUGGACUCCAGCGUACCGACUAUUAUAAUGGACUCCAGCAGUAGCAAUGACCCCAGCGCACCGACUAUUAUAAUGGACUCCAGCAGUAGCAAGGACACCAGCCCAUCGCCUAUUAUAAUGGACUCCAGUGUACCGACUAUUAUAAUGGACUCCAGCAGUAGCAAAGACACCAGCCCAUCGCCUAUAAUAAUGAACUCCAACAUUAGCAAUAACAUCCACCCAUUGACUAUUAUAAUGGACUCCAGCAGUAGCAAUGACACCAGCGCACCGACUAUUAUAACGGACUCCAGAAGUAGCAGUGACACCAGCUGCGCGUCGAUGUUAACCGUGCACGCUGCGGGCCAUUUUUUGGAACGUGCUUCGUUAUUAGCAGCCUGCAAUAAUAACACCAACCGUCCACUGCUUGGUGAAUUAAAUUUCAAUGGCUACAAUCAAAUUAAACAACUCGUACAAAACACCUUUCCAAACUGCAACAUCAGUAAGAUACGUCAUGUCUACGCCCCACAGAUGUACGGUAUGUAUUUGCUGCGCGAAGAAGAAAUGAAACUGAAAGUUGGCAAAAGUGUCCAGGAGAAAAUUCUGUUCCACGUGACCACCGAGUCCAGAGCAAUAGAGUCGUUAGAGAGCGGACUUGACUGGAGACGCACUAACCGCAACAAGUUCGGGCGCGGUGUUUCGUUUAGCGACAACGCUGACUAUGCCAACUAUUACGCUGAUAAUCGCCACACCGAAGACACAUUAGUGAUCAUAAUAUGCUCCGUACUGGUAAGAGACACCUACGUGAUCCCUAGACAUGACAAUGGAGACACCUUGAUUGUACCACCCAAUAGUGCAGAUACGACAAUUAGCUCUAACGGUUACGUUUACGUUAAGUUUAAUGAUAAUGAAUUUUAUCCAAUGUACUUUGUGUACUACGAGCGGAGACCCGAACACACGAAGAAGAGCAAAUUUUACCGUGCUAACAACCGCCGGAAUCGCUAUGAACCUUACAAACGUCAUCUUCACUACACUGACGAUGACUUCUGA